AAUAAAGACGCUGGAACGAAUUAAAAGAACUGGACACUGAGAGUCAUACAUCAGUCCACAAGAUGGCAGUAAUGAAUCAGCCAGGCGUCUUAAAUCCUCAAAGAAGAAGAACCGCAUUGCGCAUGCGUAAAGGACAAAAGGUAUAAUAUGACUGCUUAGUGCGGGUUCUAUUUAUUUUACAGCAUGGCCCUUGUUCCGUAUGUCGAGAAUUCUUUACCUGCGCUUUCCAAACUCCACAAUUCAUCAGCCCAGUUUCGGUUCGCCAACCACGACCUCCGUCUUGCCCAGGACUGGAAAAAGCUCGGGGUAGCAGCAGUUGUGUGGGAUGCGGCAGUUGUCAUGUGCAUGUAUCUGGAGCUGGAGAAGGUGGAGUUAAAGGGGAAGGGGGCAAUUGAACUGGGAGCUGGCACUGGACUGGUGGGCAUUGUAGCAGCCUUGCUGGGUGCCAAAGUUACCAUCACUGACAGAGAGCCGGCCUUGGACUUCCUCUCUGCCAACGUGAAGGCAAACCUGCCCCCAGACUCCCAGGGAUCUGCGGUUGUGUCAGAGCUGACCUGGGGCGAGGGCCUUGAACGUUACCCGGCAGGGGGAUUUGAUCUGGUGCUGGGGGCAGACAUCGUUUACCUGGAGGAUACCUUUGUGCCGCUGCUGCAGACUCUAGAGCACCUGUGCUCGGACAGCACCGUGGUGUUACUAGCCUGCAAGAUCCGCUACAAGAGAGACACAGACUUUCUGAGCAUGCUGAAGCAGCGGUUCAGAGUUGAAGAGGUCUACUAUGACAAACAAAGGGACAUCCAUUUGUAUCAGGCUUGGAAACUGCCACCUCAGAGGGAUUUGUGACAACUACCUAGUCAGUUUUCCUUCAUUGACUGCCUUCUUCUUUGUAAAAAUUUACUGUUUUUACAUAAUAAUCAAAUAAAGUCUUUAAAAAUCAAA